AUGGAUUUGGAUACUCAAGGACCGAAGUCACUGACAUGGCAGUACACUGCGGACUCCAUUCUCAAGUACGACGUACGUUUUCUGAGUGUAUGUGGUCUUUGGCCACUACAAGGCUCGCGAUUGUUUCGCAUCUUUACUGUCACCAUCAUCACGCUAUGUUUGGGUCACAUUGCCGAAGCCGGUAUCAACCUCUGCACACUGCGAGGCGAACUGGAAGACUACACACUGGCGCUGUCCAACGUGUCGGUGAUCAUCGUCGGCGUGCUCAAGGUGGCGAUCUUCCUCCGUGACGAGGGCAGCUUGUGUCGGCUGGUGCGCUGGUUGGAUGCGCUGGUCAAGCGACAGACGGAGUACGUGCGGGGCCAGCCGCGUCGCGAAGCGAUCUUCAGGGAAGCUCGGCAGCGCGCCAGUCGCAUCUCAAAAGGUCUGGACGCGUACAACGUCUCCCUGCUCUUCGUAUGGAUUCUUGCACCACUGAUUGCAUCCCCGGGCGACAAGAGACUACCCCUCCAGCAACUCCCAAUGGCGAACACGACCGCCUUCCCCCUGUACGAGUUGUCCUACGCCUUACAGGCUAUCUCUCUGACGUUCAUCGCUUUAAUCAACGUGCAUAUGGACUGCUUUUUUACAGUAGUUAUGAUUCACAUAGCAGCUCAGCUAAAAAUUAUGGCCUCACGCAUUGCUGAUCUACAUCUGACCCGAAAUGAUGGUGGAAACUCGUCAGAAUCAAAAUUGGGAAAUAAUAGUUUGGUAAUGGAAGACCUGUACAAGCAGUUAUGCCUCUGCAUCCAUACUCACCAGGAUAUCACAAGGUUCAUCGUUCAUUUAGAAAAAGUGAUGAAUCCCAUCGCAAUGAUGCAGCUGGCUCUAGGAGUAUUCAACGGCUGCAUGCUCAUUUUCCCGGCAGCUUAUAGCGCUGAAAGUGGAUCUCUGCUGAAGAUUUUGGUGAGCGCGCCUGCAGUCAGCACGCAGUUGCUGCUCUACUGCCUCGGGGCUCACAGCGUGCGGGAACAGGGUGAGCGGGUGUCUCUGGCUGCAUACAGCUGUGGCUGGCCUGACGCCGACGCCAGAUUCCGGAAAGCCUCGCUGCUGCUCAUGGCGAGGGCGCAGAGGGCGCUCAGACUCACCGCCGGCGGCAUCUACCCCAUACAGAGGGCCACCUUCCUCUCGUUGCUGAACGCUGGUUACUCUUACUACGCGGUUCUUCAGAACUUCACUGGUCGCUGA